CCUUGCCCUUCCUUUUCUUCUCUUCCCUCCCGUAUACUGUGAUAAUUGAAAAACCCCUCUUCCCCCAGAAUUCAGAAAGCUCCCAUUCCGCUUGAACUCUCUCACUCUCGUUGCCUUCACUCGCACUCCCGGCGAAUCUCCGCAAAGCUUCCUCCUUUCACAUUUUUUAUACCUUCUUCCUCCCUUCUUCUACCUCGGGCUUCCCUAUCCAUUGCUGCUUGGUCGGACAUGGCUGGGCGUCUCUGAUAUUAUCCGAUAAAUUUCACAAGGUCUGUGCAUGGAGGGGGUUCGAAGUAUGCUUAAGUAACUGAUGCGAAUAAAACUUUGCCAUGCUACUCAAUCCAUCUACAAGUGCAACGUUUUUCUGCAAAUUAGUGGAUCAUUGCAAUUUAAAUAGGGUGGAAAGCACUACAAAGGUUUUUGGGGAUAGCUAUGCAAAAAAAUCUUCUAGGAGUUGGCUAAGGAAUCUCUCAGUGAAAUAAAUCUCCAUGGUUCUUUGAUGCUGAAUGCUCUAAGAAGGCUGGAGAAGGAUUGAAGUCAGGCACCUUUUUCCAUAGGAAGCAACAUGGCUAUAGUUUUGUUCAUUGUGCGGAAGCUAGCAUUUCCAUUGGAUGGAAGAAUGAUGUGAAACUACAUUCUUUGUAGCUAUAGCAUCUAUAUUCUGUAGAGGAAUUACUGUUGUGUUCAGCAUUCGAUGAGAGAAGGAAGUGCCUAUCACAAAAUGAGUGGUGGCAGUGGUGGUCGAAAGCGUAGUUCUAAGUGGGAUUUGAAAGAAGAGUCUCGAGCUUCCUUUGAAAAUCACCACAAUAAUAAUUCUUGGUCGGGGAAAGCAGCAGGUACAACUUAUCAUGAGACUGAUGGCAGUAGUCGAAGCAGGUGGUCUACUGCCGAUGCUAGAAGAGGCUCACAUGGAGAUGAUAUGGUUGAUGAUGAAUAUGGCAGAUCCUCCAAAACAAUGGGGGCAUGGGAAAGAGAUGAAGGUUAUUUGUCGACUCGUCGCCACUCUCCUAAUAAAGAAUUGAAAAGACCAGGAAGAAGCAGAAGCAGAAGCCGUAGCAGGAGCCCAAUUCGGCGAGAGUCAGGGACUUCUGACCGAGGUAGAAGCCGAUCAAGUCAAUCAUCUCAGAUAUGCAAGGAGUUUUCUACUGGAAAAUGCAGAAGAGGCAGUCACUGUCACUUUCUUCAUGAAGUUGGUGAGAGUUACGAAGAUAGCUAUGAUGGGCGGAGGAAAGCUCUACCUUCGAGAUAUUCUAAUGAUCCCGAGGAGUACCGUAGUGGUAGUAGUGGACAAAAUGCUGGCGGCUUGUGUAGUGAUUUUCUCAAGGGACACUGCAGAAAAGGAGCAUACUGCAGGUUUUCCCAUUCCGAUCCCUCUGCUAAAGGGCCCACCACCAAUGAGUUGAUUCGGGAGAGAGAUAACAUGGACAGAAGGACCCACCGUGUUGGUUCUCCUUUAGGUAGACAUGAUGAGCAGCAGAGUCGUGGUAGAGCAACGGAGACUCCUUGCAGAUACUUUGCUGCUGGUAAUUGUAGGAAAGGAAGAAAUUGCUGGUUCUCUCAUCAGGGUCAACAGGGUAUUUUGAGUCCCGAGAAUCGGAGACCGAGGACCGAGAAGCAGUUGAUUGAACCAAAUGUGGAAGAUAAACAGGAUAAAACGUGGGAUGGCCCGAAAUGGAACGACAUGGACAAUUAUUCGAAGUCAAGCAGGGAUGUGGAGAAACCAUGGAAUGGUGCAAAAUAUAGCAAUCCGGUUAAUCCUUCAGAUGCUGCAAAGCCUAGUGAUGCUGGAACAACAGUCAAACCGUGGUCUUUGGAUGAUACACAUGGUCGAAGUCUGGAUGGUCGAACUGCAAGAGAUCGUCACCAGCCACCAGCUAAUAUGGUCGAGAGUGGCAGAAAUGAAGUCCUCAUGGUGAAAGGGGAAAAUGCCAGUGACAAUCGUCACUUGCCUGACCAAAGUAUGAAUAAUGAUUGGGCAGGUGAUAUGGAGAUGUCUCCUGAAUGGAACUAUGGACCUUCUAACCAUAUAGAUAAAUUGCCACCACCGCCCAGCACAGAGGUCUCAGUGGCCAUCCAGCCAUUGAGACACGAUACGUCUUCCAUUCAGCAUAACUACUAUUCGAGAGAUACGAAUGGUGCACCUAGAGAAGUCAAUGGCCUUCAUACCAACAGUUCUGGAAACAUCUUGGGUGCACCGAGCUUAAACCCUAAUAAUGGUCCGAGUAUGAAUGCUUUGCCGGCUCUUCAUCCAAGCAUGAACUCAGUCGAGCAAAGCCGAGUGGAGACCACGAUAAACCAUCUGAGCCCGAUGCUGAUGAAUAUAGGAGGACAAGGCAUCAACAACAUGCAAGCUAUGGGUGACCGAAGUGCUGAAGCUGUCAAUUCGAGCUUAAACCCUAAUGGUCCGAGUAUGAAUGCUUUGGCUCCUCUUCUUACAAGUGUCAACCCAGUUGAGCAAAGCCGAGUUGGGACCACACCAAUGAAUCCUCUGAGCCCAGCACUUUUGAAUAUUGGAGGACAAGGCAUCAACAACUUGCAAGCCAUGGGUGACAGAAGUGGGCUAGCUGUCAAUUCGAGCAUUCCCCCAACUCAGAACAUGGUCAGUGAUGGUCGGGUUGCUGAGCUCACCAACUCUAUUGCUAUGUUUCUUGCUCCGCAGCUUUUUGCUGCUCCUAGCUCUAAUCAAGUUAGUGAUAUGGCUAAGAUUGCAAAUACCGAGCUCUCUACUAAACUAGAUCAACCCGUUAUACCUCAGAAGCAAUAUGAUCCUUUAUGUGACAGCAUAGAACCUGAGAAUCAAGAGAAGAGCACUGGAGAUAAAGAAGAAGCUCAAAUGGCUGCACCGAAUGUUAGUCAAGAAGAAGUGCCUAAUCUGAAACCUGGUGCAGAAUCUGAAGUUGUGAAGGAAAGUAGUGGCAAGAAGGCUGCAAAGGGUGCCAGCAAAGCUAAGGAAAGUAAACCAGAAGAAGAAGACAUUGAUGGAGAUGGUAAAGGUGACGAGGGGAAGAAAAGCAAAGAACCCAAGGGGAUUCGAGCAUUCAAGUUUGCACUUGUGGAGUUUGUUAAGGAAGCUUUGAAACCCUCAUGGAAGGAAGGGCAAGUGACAAAAGAUUCCUACAAAAACAUAGUGAAGAAAGUGGUGGAGAAAGUGACUAGUACAAUGCAGGCUAGCAGCAUACCGCAGACACCAGAAAAGAUUGAUCUUUAUCUGUCAGCUUCAAAGCCAAAGUUGACCAAACUUGUACAGGCUUAUGUGGAAAAAUUCCAGAAGGGUAAAUGAAAAACCGGAACGAAUCCCUGGGGUGGUUGUUUCCAUCAAUCUUAGCUUGGCCAUUUGUGACAUAGCAGGAUGAUAUAAUCCUAUGAGGAUGUUUGUGAAUCUCUUGUCUUGAUCUUCUCUGACUAAUUGAGGCUUUACCUUUAAAUUGCUUCUCUUUUUUCCAUUUUCUCAACUUUAAGGAACGAUGGCAUGUAGAGUCAGUCCAGUAGUACAGGUUUUCAUGUUGCAAGCCUCUGCUCUGUUUCUUCAGUUUAGUUUAAGAUGGAAAAUCGACGAAUCUCUUAAUGUUCUUUCCUUUUUCUUCUGGGUGUAUGUUUUUCUGCAGAUUGGAUGGAUUCCCUUUUUAAGAUUUUAGAUGGAAUGAGUGUACGGAGAGGGCUUCUUCAUGUAUACAAAGUUUGAUAAUUUGAAGACAUUUGUCCAUGGGGAUUGCUUCUUGAAAAUGCAGCAAGUCCCUGUUUCU